GUUGCUUCUAACGUUAUAAUUGAAAGUUUUGUAAAGAAAGUGAUAUCGAGGAAGAAAACAUGUUUCGAUCCACCGUACUUUGCAUUCUCUUUGUUACUGUCAUCUUUGUUCUUCAAAGAGAGACAGUGGCACAAGGAUCUCCGUUAUGUCCCGUGAACACAAGUUAUCAACUUUGCGGAACAAUGUGUGAACCAACUUGUGACAAUCCUCACCCCAAUCCUGAAUUUUGUCCAAGUCUCGAAUGCACGAGGUUCACUGCUGCCUGUCGUUGUCUCAAAGGAUACGUGAGAGAUAUGAACAGCAACCAGUGUAUAGAGCUUAGUGAAUGCCCGUCGUCUUAAAGAACCGUACAUAUUCAAAUAUUUGGGAUCUUAACUUGUUUUUAAAAGUUCUUAUGCACCUAUGUAACAAUAUAUGAUGUUCUUCAAGCAUUA